CUCUCCGUCUCCGACAAUAGCCCACUCCUCAGUCCUCAUCUCUCGCCUCUCACUCACGCUACACUGCUUUCUCCCUCGCCUCUACCGCCUCACGCCCUCUCUCCUCACAUCCUCAGACCUCACUACCCACUCAGCCACCGCAACUCGCCAACUCCUCCGUUUCUUCGUCCAGUCCACUCGUCUUCAAGGAAUCAAGUUAAAUGUUUAACAUAUUUGAGGAAACAGUUAGAGUUGCAUUGAGACCUGAACUUACUGCUUCACUGGAAGAACUCGUAAUAAAGAAAGGGCUGAAGCAGAGCUGAUUGCCUCAAUUGUUUGCUUUUUCAAACAUAUUGGCAUUACAUUAGCUGAUGAUGGAUUUAAGGUCUCUAGUUGCAAGCUUCAUUUAUAGUGCCGGAGAAGCUCUGAGCUCACAUGGGACUAUGUUGAGUCCGGCGAUGGACUCUUUUCAUUGAAAAGUAUUGAGAGUAAAAGCUGUAACUCUCAAAUGGCGCUAGUUCAACAACUAUUCACCAACGCCACUAGUAGCUGCCUCUCCAUUAUUAUGUUGCAGAACAAGGCAUUUCAGAAUUAUUCCGCAGCUCAUUUACAAUGUCCAGCGUUUGGAAGUAUCAGGAAAAUGGAGACACUGCAUCGGCAAGCAAGGAUAUGUUUGGUGUCCAGGGCAAUCCCGCGAAGAGCUUUUGCCAUAAAGUCUGACCAAAAAUUGUUUUUCACUGCCCUGCCAAACCUUAGAAUGGUUUUACCCAGUAAUGAAGCUUCCAUCAAUUCUGUUUCAUUGGGUAGAUUAGGUUCCCGGUCCUUUUCUCAUUCCCCUAAAGUGGCAGUAUCAUACAGGGUUAAUGGCCAUAGUCCUCAUGAGGUUAACAAUAAGGAUGUGAAUCUAGAAAUAUCAAGUUUGCCUGCUAGUGAUAAGGAAUCAUCCAUAACUAAAGGGAAAGUGAAGCGAAAAUUGAGAAGCAAAAAGAAUAAUGGUGAAUCUGCUGAUGGUAAUGAGGAGGUUCCACAACAGAGGACGCGGACUACAAAAAAGAGACAAUCUCCUGCCACUUCAGAGAUUAGUUCUACCGUCAAUUCAUCUACAGAAGUGUCUGAUGGUAAUGUCUUGGCAAAGCAACAAUCCAUCCAGUCCAAGAAAAACAAUCGCAGAAAGGGAAAGUCAAAUAAGGAUGCCAAUGUUCUUGAAGGAUCAGACAAGGCAAUGGAUUUUUCAUCUAGUAACUUGCAACAAAACCAAAGUUUAAACAUGGGCAGCAAAACCAAGCCUCAGGUUCAAAAAACAUUGCCAAAAUUAUAUCCACCCACCAAUAAAUCCGUUUUAGUGGUUGAGUCUGUCACUAAAGCAAAAAUUAUUCAAGGAUAUCUUGGGGACAUGUUUGAAGUCCUGCCUAGUUAUGGCCAUAUCAGGGACUUGGCUGCCAGGUCAGGGUCUGUGCGACCCGAUGAUGACUUCAGUAUGGUGUGGGAAGUUCCUCCAGCUGCAUGGACCCACCUUACUGCUAUCAAAGUUGCAUUAAGUGGCUCCAAGAAUAUUGUUCUUGCUUCAGAUCCUGACCGUGAGGGAGAAGCUAUUGCUUGGCACAUUAUAGAGAUGUUGCAGCAACAGGAUGCUUUACAUGAUGAUAUUACAGUGGCUAGGGUUGUUUUCAAUGAAAUAACUGAAUCAUCCAUAAAAAAUGCCCUCCAGGCUCCAAGAGAGAUUGAUGGGAAUUUAGUAAAUGCUUAUCUUGCACGACGUGCCCUUGAUUACUUGCUUGGAUUCAACAUCUCUCCAUUGCUAUGGAGGAAACUUCCUGGCUGCCAAUCAGCUGGUCGGGUGCAAUCUGCUGCUAUUGCUCUAAUAUGUGAUAGGGAAAUGGAAAUUGACAAAUUUGUGCCCCAGGAAUACUGGACAGUUCAAGUUGAAUUCAGUAAAAGGGACAAUUCAAGUUCAGCUAACAAUGUCUAUUUCUCAUCACAUUUGACACAUUUUGAUUCUCAAAAGCUAAAUCAGCUUUCAAUACGUUCCAACACAGAGGCAAAGGGCAUUGAACAGAAGAUCAAUUCAUCCGUGUUUGAAGUUCUUAGUUCUAAGAGAUCCAAAAGGCAGAAAAACCCGCCUCCUCCACAUAUAACAUCAACACUCCAGCAAGAUGCUGCUAACAGACUGGGUUUCACAUCAACUUAUACAAUGAGGCUAGCACAGAAGUUGUAUGAAGGUGUCCAGUUGUCUGAUGGGAAGGCAACAGGGUUAAUAACUUAUAUAAGAACUGAUGGAUUACAUAUUUCAGAUGAAGCUGCAAAAGGCAUUCAAUCCUUUGUUAGGGAACGAUAUGGACAGAAUUUUGCAUCUAUGAGUCCUCGUACAUACUUUAGGAAGGUGAAGAAUGCUCAAGAGGCCCAUGAAGCUAUUAGACCCACUGAUAUUUGUAGGCUUCCUUCGAUGCUUCUUGGGGUAAUAGAUGAUGAUUCCUUGAAGUUAUACACACUCAUAUGGUCACGUGCAUUGGCAUGCCAAAUGGAACCUGCUGUCAUAGAUCAGAUACAACUCGAUAUUGGGAAAUCAGAUCAAUCUAUUAUUUUCCGUUCUGCAUGCUCAAAGGUUGAGUUUCAAGGUUAUGAGGCUGUUUAUGAGGACCAAGAAACUAAUUCAAUACAGAAGGAUGAGAAUGGGGAGGAUUACCGUACUGAAAUGUUUGAGGUUCUUAGUAAUUUGAACUCAAAGGAUCCAGUGUUUCUAGGUAAAACUGAGCUAAAGCAACAUCAUACUCAGCCUCCACCACGCUACUCUGAGGGGAGCUUGGUUAAGAAGAUGGAGGAACUUGGUAUUGGAAGACCUUCUACCUAUGCAUCCACAAUCAAAGUGUUAAUGGAUAGAAAUUACGUGACAGUAAAAAGCAGGGUACUACAUCCUGAAUUUCGAGGCCGUAUGGUGUCAGCAUUUCUUUCACAUUAUUUUUCUGAAGUGGCAGAUUAUAGUUUCACAGCCGAUAUGGAGACUGAACUCGAUAAUGUGUCUGCUGGAUUGACUGAAUGGAAAGGCCUGUUAAAAGAUUAUUGGUCAAGAUUUAAUAAAUAUUGUGAACAUGUAAAAAAUGUUCACAUCCAUCAGGUGGAGAAGAUGUUGGAGAAAACAUAUGGUGACUUUUUGUUUGCAUCUCUUCCACACGGAUCUAGGACAUGCCCUAGAUGUCAGGAAGGAACUUUAAUAUUUAAAGUCAGCAGAUUUGGUGCAGGCUAUUUUAUAGGAUGUGAUCAACACCCAAAGUGCAAGUACAUUGCAAAGACAUUGUAUGGUGAGCAGGAUGAAGACACUGCAUCAGAAGACAAUACGAAUAAUAUGGAUGAGCCAACUUUGCUGGGUGUCCAUCCAUCUUCAAAUGAAAAGGUUCUCCUUAAGAAUGGUCCAUAUGGAUACUAUGUUCAGCUCGGAGAAGAUAGUUCUGGUCACAUCCCCAAGCGAGCAUCACUAUCCCAAGUAAAGGAUGUGAGCUCAGUAACCUUGGAUGAUGCCCUGGAGUUGCUGCGCUACCCUGUGACUUUGGGAAAACAUCCAGAUGAUGGCCAAGAUGUUCUAAUAAAAAUUGCAAAGUUUGGGUUUACUAUCAGACAUAGGCGCACAAUUGCUCCGGUACCGAAGAACUUGAAUCCCAAAGAUGUAACUCUGGAAAAAGCUUUGAAGCUUUUGUUAAGUAAGAAUGUGAGGAAGUGUGGGCGACCCAAGACCAAAGGAAAGGUUGUCGAAGCUGAUGAGGGAAAGGAUGUGAGCUCAGUAACCUUGGAAGAUUCCUCAGAGUCGUUGCAGUACCCUGUAACUUUGGGAAACCAUCCAGCUGAUGGGCUCGAGGUCGUACUAAAACUUGAAAAGGAUCGAUUUACGAUAAGACACGGGAACACAACUGCUCCCACACCAAAGGACUUGAAGCCAAAAGACGUAACACUGGAAAUAGCGUUGAAGCUUUUAUCGAGCAAGGAAACUAAGAACGCAAGAUCCAGGCAACGCAAGCGCCAAAUAAAGGGCGAAGAACAACAGGAAAAGGUUGCAGCUGUUAGGUAAUUUAGGCUCACGAUCUCAGGUACAAUGCUAUUUCCUGCAACAUAGAGGACAUUCUUUAGGGCUGCCUUUCUUUCACAGCAAUAGUUGCAAAGAGGAGAUUAUUUCAGAUCAUGAAGAGGAUGUUUGUAGUGGUAAAAUCCAUUAUAAAUGUAAGUAGCAGGUUACUCAUUUUUUAUAGAAACCUAUAAUUUUUCCAAGGAAAUCAAUACAGCAUACAUAUUCUCCAA